AUGGAAGCCCACCGCAAAUUCAGCGAAUGGGCCGUAAGCCAAGGAGUUGAGAUCAAUGGCAUCGCAGCGCAUCGAUUCCCUGGAAGAGGGCUUGGCAUUAUAGCCCAGAGAAACUUCGAGGCCGGAGAAACAAUAGUGGUUGUCCCAAUAUCGGCACUUAGGACUGCUCAAACGGUCCCCAAACGAAUUUCCCGCGCGAUCGGCAAGAUCACUGUCCACGGUCUCUUAGCAGCAGAGUUGACUCUCGAUACGACUCUCGAUCAUGCACUCUGGAGUGAUGUCUUGCCUACCCGCGAAGACAUUGCGGAGACAAUGCCUUUGAUGUGGGACUCUUCAUUACAAUCCCUUCUUCCCGAAGCUUCCAAAGUCACUGUCUCGAAACUUAAAUCAAAAUUAUCGUUGGAUUGGGCUGCUGUCUCGAAGGCAUUCCCAGAUAUCUCCUAUGACGAUUAUUUGUACCAUUGGCUUAUAAUUAACACGCGUACAUUCUACUUCCUCAUCCCGAAAGCUAAGAAACGACCACCACAUCUUGACUGCCUGGCCCAAAGCCCAUUCGCCGACUACUUUAACCAUGCCGCCCACGGCUGCAAAGUUGCUUUUGACGACACGGGCUACGAAAUAUCCACGGAUCGGCCAUACGAGAAGGGCUCAGAAAUCUACAUCUCUUACGGAAAUCACAGCAACGAUCUCCUCCUCGCAGAAUAUGGAUUCAUCCUCGAAGAAAAUCACUGGGAUGAGAUAACUCUUGAUUCUUACAUAGUCCCCAUGCUUUCUGAAAAGCAGAAGUUGCAUUUAGAAGAGGCUGGGUUUCUAGGGAAGUACAUUCUGGAUAAGGAAGUUGUUUGUCAUCGGACACAGGUUGUUUUACGGAUAUUUUGCUUGCCGAUAAGAAGAUGGAAGAGGUUUGUUGAUGGAUUAGAUGACGGAGACGCAGACCAGGCGGUUGUGGAUAUCAGUUUGCUUAGCAUUUUGCAACAGUACGAGAACGAUGCUACGAAGAUGCUUGCUUCUUUGCCAAAUAUUAAUUCUGGGCUUCCGAGUCAAAGAGAGAUAUUAAGCCGGCGUUGGAAGCAGAUACAUAACCUUUUACAGGCUACGAUCAAAAGAAUGCAAAAAUAA